AUGGCGACUGAGCGUGAGAGCAAGACUUUCCUCGCCCGGCUGUGCGAACAGGCUGAGCGCUACGAUGAGAUGGUUACGUACAUGAAGGAAGUCGCCAAGGUCGCCGGUGAGCUCACGGUUGACGAGCGCAACCUGUUGUCCGUGGCCUACAAGAACGUGGUCGGCACCCGACGCGCGUCAUGGCGCAUCAUUUCGUCGAUCGAGCAGAAGGAGGAGUCCAAGGGCACCGAGAAGCACGUUGGCACCAUUCGUGAAUACCGCCAGAAGAUCGAGACCGAGCUUGAGCAGGUCUGCCAGGAUGUGCUCAACGUGCUGGACGACUCGCUCAUCCCCAAGGCCGAAUCUGGCGAGUCCAAGGUCUUCUACCACAAGAUGAAGGGAGACUACCACCGCUACCUUGCCGAGUUUGCUUCGGGCGAGAAGCGCAAGGUCGCCGCCACGGCUGCACACGAGGCCUACAAGACGGCCACGGAUGUCGCCCAGACGGAGCUCACACCGACGCACCCCAUCCGCCUCGGCCUCGCCCUCAACUUCUCGGUCUUUUACUACGAGAUCCUGAACUCGCCCGACCGUGCUUGCCACCUCGCCAAGCAGGCCUUCGAUGACGCCAUUGCCGAGCUCGACUCGCUCUCUGAGGAGUCGUACCGCGACAGCACGCUCAUCAUGCAGCUGCUCCGUGACAACCUGACUCUCUGGACGUCGUCGGACGGCAACGAGGGCGAGGGUGCCGCUGCCGACGCACCCAAGGAGGAGACCAAGGCCACCGAGGACGCGGCGGCCGCGUCCGAGGCCAAGACUGAGGAACAGCCACCUGCCGCCCCUGCCCCUGCCGCCUAA